CCAAAGUCACUAAGUUACUGUCAGUGGAAGGAGGAGAAUGAUACCCGCAAAGAUUAAGCUCUGAAUCUGUAGCUUCAGUUGUCCUAUUUAAUAGUGUAGUGGAGAGAGUGCUUAUGAAGGAGUAAUUUUGUAUAUUUACUGUAAAUAAUAUCAGUAUGGGUCAAGAAUCAGUGAAUGAGGUUUCUAAGAGUGAUUCAAAUGGCGAGAUCUUGCCGGAGAAAACUUUGGAUGAAGUUAUUGAGAAGAAGGUCUUGGAAAAUGAUGGAAGAAAAGUCUUGGAGAAUAAUGGAGUCAAAGAGUUGAAAGAAAAUAAUGUAAAGGAAAUUAAAGAAGAUAAGAAAUCUGACGGUGUGGAAGAGGUAGAACAGGAUAAGGGAGUUGGUUUUGUGGAAGAAGUCAAUGAGGAUAAGAAAGAUGAUGGGGUAGAAGAAGUCAAAGAGGACAAGAAAGAUGAUGGGGUUGAAGUAGUAAAAGAGGAUAAGACAGAUGAUGGGGUGAAAGAAGUAAAAGCGGAUAAGAAAGAUGAUGGGGUGGAAGAUAUAAAAGAGGAUAAGAAAGGUGAUGAGGUGGAAGAAGUAAAGGAGGAUGAGGAAGUUGAUGGUGUGGAAGAAGUAAAGGAGAAUAUGGAAGUUGAUAGUGUGAAAGAAGUAGAAGAGGAUGAGAAAGAUGAUGGAUCUGAGAAUAAGAAAAUGGAUGAAGGUGCUGAGGUUAAGGAAACUAUGGCUGAUAAAGAAGAAAAUGAAAAAGAAGAAGCCGAGAAAUCGGAAGUUGCUGCUAUGGAAGUAGAGGGUAGCAUUAAAGAGGGGGAGGAGAACAAUGAAAAGGAGAAAAUUGAAGCAGAGAUGGAGGAGGAUGAGAAUAAUAUUGCUAAGUCAAAAGAAGAGAAGGUAGGAGAUAGUAAGGAUGAGAAAGGAUCAAAGAAACGUGGAAGAGGGAAGAUCAAUGGGGAGAAAGUGAAAGAGAAAAGGAAGUUAGUGAAGGAGAUUGAGCCUAGGACUCCUAUUAUUGAUCGUCCUGUACGAGAAAGGAAAUCAGUUGAGAGGUUGGUAGCAUCAAUCGAGAAAGAUGCGACCAAAGAAUUUCACAUUGAAAAGGGUCGUGGUACACCUUUAAAAGAUAUACCCAAUGUGGCAUUUAAAUUAUCUCGAAGGAAGAUUGAUGAUACUUUCAAAUUGCUCCAUACAAUCCUCUUUGGACGGAGAGGGAAGGCAGUUCAGAUCAAAAGUAAUAUAUCAAGGUUUUCUGGUUUUGUGUGGCAUGACAAUGAGGAAAAGCAAAUGAUUAAAGUAAAAGAAAAGUUUGACAAGUGUAAUAAAGAGAAGUUACUGGAAUUCUGCGAUGUGCUUGACAUAACACUUGCCAAGGCAACUGCAAGGAAGGAAGAAAUUGUUGCUAAGCUGAUAGACUUUUUGGUUUCCCCUCAUGCAACCACAGAUGUGCUACUUGCAGAAAAAGAGAAGCCAAGUAAGGGAAACAAGCGCAAGCGUGUUGCAAAACGAGGUUCAUCAAGAUCUGGGACAACAACUUCAAGACGUUCUGCUAAGAGUCGAAAGAAAAAUGAAGAUUCUUCUGUAGUGGAGAGAAAGAGUACAACUGACACAGAAGAUGAGUCAGAGGAGGAAGAGAAAGAUGAAGAACAUGAGGAGGAAAAUGAAAAUGGUGUUCCUGACAAAUCGGAGGAUGAAAUGCCAGAGAAAUCUGAGAGUGAAGCUAAAAGUGAAUCUGAGAGUGAAUCUGAAGAUAUGAAAAAAAUGAAAAAAACUUCUAAAACAUCAUCCACAAAGAAAGAAUAUGCUGCAAAAGGUAAAAAUGAGAAAAUUACAGUCACAAAUAAAUCUCGCUCACCACCAAAGAGAACACAGAAGAAAUCAUCAUCUGCCGGCCCAAAGGUUGAUGAUUAUAGUGAUGGAAGUCCUAAGGUCUUUUCAAGGAAGAAGAAGAACGAAAAAGGAGGAAAACAGAAGUUAACUCCAACUAAGUCUACCUCCAAAGAGAAAACUGCAGAAAAGGUUGCUAAAGGAAAGGGCAAGAAGAAAGAGAAAUUGAGCCCCAGUGAUGAUCAACUGCGUGAUUCAAUAUGUGAAAUUCUCAAAGAAGUUGACUUCAAUACGGCCACAUUUACUGACAUUCUGAAACAACUCGCUAAACAAUAUGAUAUGGAUCUCAACCCAAGAAAGGCAUCUAUAAAGAUCAUGAUUCAGGAAGAGUUGACAAAACUAGCUGAUGAAGCAGAUGAAGAAGAAGAUGGAGAAGAGGAUGCUGAGAAAGACGAGACCCCAUCUACUGGCCAGGAGGUUGUAGCCUGACUGAGGAUUAGACAUGACUGCUUGGAGAUAGGUUUAGCAAUGUAUACUUUAACCCUUGUUGUUAUGCUUUGUAUGUACAUUUUGCUGAGUAAAAGUUGCUGUAACUUAUUCAUAGCAUCCAUCCAGUCUGAACAGAACAUACUAGGAUUUGUCAAAAUUUUGUGCAGGCUUUUGGUUGGCUGUGCCUGUAUGCAGCUUUCUUGUGUACACAUCAACAGAAUUUGUAGGGUUUUACUAUCCUUGAAUAUUACUGACCAAUACUAGUAGUUUUUCAACAGUCUGUCUUGUUUAAUAAAAUAUU